GAAAAGAGGUGACGCAGGAGCUACCCAGAUUACCCGGCUUCCCGCCCGACCCCUACUGAGGCACAGACCGUUGUAGGCUCCUCCAGCUGCCACUCGAUUAAAAAUGGUCUCCAGGAUGGUUUCUACCAUGCUGUCUGGCCUAGUGUUGUGGCUGACAUUUGGAUGGACUCCAGCAUUGGCUUAUAGCCCGAGGACCCCUGACCGGGUCUCAGAAACAGAUAUCCAGAGGCUGCUCCAUGGCGUGAUGGAGCAGCUGGGCAUUGCCAGGCCACGGGUAGAGUAUCCAGCUCACCAGGCCAUGAAUCUUGUGGGCCCACAGAGCAUCGAAGGUGGAGCUCAUGAGGGGCUACAGCACUUGGGACCCUUUGGCAACAUCCCAAACAUCGUGGCAGAGUUGACUGGUGACAACAUUCCUAAAGACUUCAGUGAAGACCAGGGCUACCCGGACCCUCCAAAUCCCUGUCCCGUUGGAAAAACAGUAGAUGAUGGAUGUCUAGAAAACACCCCUGACACAGCGGAGUUCAGUCGAGAAUUCCAGUUACACCAGCACCUUUUUGAUCCAGAACAUGACUAUCCAGGCUUGGGCAAGUGGAACAAGAAACUCCUGUAUGAGAAGAUGAAGGGAGGACAGAGACGCAAGCGGAGGAGUGUCAAUCCAUAUUUACAAGGACAGAGACUGGACAACGUUGUUGCAAAGAAGUCGGUCCCCCACUUUUCAGAUGAGGAUAAGGACCCUGAGUAAAGUGACGAUGCUGGCGGAAACCCCCACGAUCCCUUGGUUCUCCUUUGGUAUUGCUUAUGUGCACGUGUCUCUAGAGGCCAUGUGAAUGGCAGCCUGUUUCUAAUUUAAACAAGUAUGGUUGCACAGCAGCCGUAGUUUGAUAUUGUGUUGUCCUUCACUCUCAUAGCUCUGCUUACUGCUAAUUUGGGGUAAGAGCUUUUCUUUUUUUUUUUUUUAAUGUGAGUCUGCAAUGAGCAUUAAAAUUGAAGUGUAUAUGUCAACAACUAUAAAAAGCCAAUGAAUGAAAUGUCCUCCAAUUUCUUGCAGCUUAAAAUGGUGUUUAGGGCGGCACUGUUGUGGCCGAGUCUGUAAGAAGCUGGCGUUUGAUUUUGAUUAUGUAGUUCCUCCAGCCCUUGGGUGUUGUUACACACCAAUAAAGGAGAUCUUGCCCCAGAGGAGGAGUGGACACAUUUCACUUGGCUGCAUCUCAAUAAAUGUGUAUGCAAGCA